AUGACCGCCGGUUUCCUUCUGUCAAGAUCCUUUUGCAUUUCUGCUGCUGUUGCUACUCCUGCUGCUGCUGCAGCGCAAACAAGUUCAGCACUAUCCCCUGCUCCUGCUGCUGCUUGUGCGGUGAGGGACGUGGGCUGCAGGGGCCUCAGGGGGUCCACUGCCAGCUUCACCUUGGGGCGUCAUGGAGUAUGCACAAACAUCAGGGCAGCAACCGCUGCAGCAGCAAACGCUGCAGCAGCAACUGCUGCAGUAACCGCAUCUGCUGUUGCUGGCCAACGCCCAUGGGUGCGCGUUCGCGCCGCUAUCAGCUGCGGCAACUGCGUAGCCGCUGGGCAGCCGCAGCAGCUGCAGGAGCGCCAGCCGCUGCAGCAACAGAUGCUGGUGCAGCAGUUCGCACAGCAUCAACAGUAUCAGCAGCCGUGGCAACAGCAGCAGCAGCGGUUUGCUAAGAUCGUCCGGUGGUGUCCAGACACCCCACUUGCCCACGGGCUGGAGACGUUUCGGGAGGCGGAGGAUUUCUUCAAGGCAUGCGAGCAGCACAGGGGCAAGAUGAAACGAAGGGACUGGCUGGCUGCUCUCUCUUUGCUGUCUACGCGGCGUCGCCUGGACCUUCGGAGCCCUUCAUUCAGAGCAUUUGUUGCUGCUGCGCUGCAGCAGCAGGAGCUGCUGCAGGCGCCGUACAUACACCUCACCAUCCAUCGGCUUGGGGUCAUAGGGUACAGUCCGGCUCUGUGGCAACUGACACAGCAUCUGCAGCCGCUGCUGCAGCAACAGCAGCUCAGCAGCAAACAGCUUGCCGUCUGUGCAUGGGGCCUGGCGAAGAAUGGAGUCACGCAGCCCCCCGUGUGGGAACUCAUCGGCGCGGAGGCUGUGCGGUUGGCAAAGGGCCUUUGCCUGGCGGACCUGUCGAUGAUCCUCUGGGCCUUUGCUCGCGUAGAGCGCCUGAAGCCCGCUGAGAUUUUGGGCCUCAGGCAGGAGGUUCUCAACCGCCUUGACGUCUUCGUCAGGCGUACGCUGGCUGCAGCAGCUGCACCCUACAGAGGAGGAGCAGCAGCAGCGCCUGCUGCUGCUGCUACUGCUUCUGCUUCUGCUGCUCCGGUUGCGCCUCAGUUGACGCCACGUUCUGAAGAUGCGCCUCAUGAUUUGAGAGCAACGGCACAUGUAGAAGCAGAAUCAAGCGGAGCUGUUUCUGUUACUGAUGCUGCUGCAGGUGCAGUGACACCUCACGACCUGUGCAUGUUGAUGAGGUCCUUUGCUGACCUCACCCCCGGUGACUCAGCGCUUAUCAUUCGUUUGCUCUACACACUCCUACUUGCCUGCCGCGUUCCGCCUUCAGUCCAGGCAACAGCGGCGGCACCGGCAGCGCCGGCAGCAGCAAACGUAGCAGGCCUCACGGCUGUUUGGACAGCAUUGAGAGACGCGAAGAUCACAAAAGUCUUCUCCGUGCCGCUGCACAAGAGACCCAGCAACAGCAGCAGCAGCAGCAGACACCGCGCCUACUUACCCUUUAGAGAGACUGUCCCUCUCGACUGCUUGCCUCUGCUGCUUCCCAUUCUCAAGCCAGCCCAAGUGUAUUCACAAGGUGACACACAAGCAGCGGGACAUGCGCCAGCAACAGCAGAAACAAUGCCAUCCGCACCACCACCCGAAGCAGCAGCACCACCACCAACAGCAGCGGCAACUGAUGCAGCGCCUGUACCAGAAGCAGGAGUUGUGGGACAUACCCCAGCACCUUCUCUGGGCCCUACAGGCGAAGAGUCUCCUUCUAUCUCCGCUGCAGUUCCCGCUGCUGCAGCAGCCGUUGCUGCAGCUGCAAAGGAUGGCCUAAGAAACAGCGCGCUGCUGCACAGCGCAUGCACAGACGUGUUGCUCGAGGUGCUGUGUGAGGAGACCCGCUUGCUUCGCCUUGACCACACAACCAACACCAGUAUGGUUGCUGCCUUGGCGGAGGCGCUAGCAGACAUGCAGAUUGCCGACAGCAAGGCGUGGGCCAAACUAGGUAUGCCCCUUUAUAGCAAUCCCGUCACUGCUGAGACUGCUGUGGCCGCUGUUGCUGUUUUUGAUACUACUACAAUUGCUGUUGCUUAUGUUGCUGCUGCGGAUGGCAUUGCUGGUGCAGCCGCUGCUGCUGGCGCUGCUUCAGCGGUCUCGUUUGUUUACCAGUUUCACCGAGCGCAAGACGUGGCGGCCGACCUAGAUUUGAAGGGACUGAAGAGGCUGCGGCAGCUGGCAAGGCGUUCCGGUCACAGUAACGCCAGGAUAGAAGGGGUCGUUGACCACUUCGAGGCCCUCAAGGAAGACGUCCAGCGCUGCGGGCCCCUCUAG